AUGGUCAAUGAUCCUCGUGCGUGCGAUGUCGUGUUUGGUCGUGGCGGCAAUCUCAACAACAGAAGACAGCACAGCAUUUACCAUGCUCUACUUGAGCGACACUGGCUUGAAUAUAGUCAGCAAGUAGGAGCGGCGGCACACCGGCGUUUCGUACAAGAGCGUUUUAUUCAUGUCAUUAAAGAAAUGGGAGGAAGAUUCUUGAGAAAGAGCAAAAAAGAAACAGUGUGGGAGGAAGUUAUAGACGAAACCGAUAUCGUCUUGACGUUGAUGCAAGCCUUGCGAGACUACCGAAAGCGCAGGUCACGACGUAGGUCUUCGGAGUCUUACGCUUUGAUUUCUGAACGCAGGGAAGCAGAUACCGAUUCUGAUUACGCUCGAUCGGACGAGGGAUCGCCCGUGAUGCUUGAAACCCUGAAUGCAGGGGACACAGUAUACCAGAAGACCGAAGUGCCCCGUCAACCGUAUCUGCAAGUCUCAAAGUCUGUGGAAUACAAGGAAAGACCUCAGGGAGACUUGAGCGCCCUGAUGAGCAAGCUCGAACCGAGGCUGUGUGAACUGGAAAAGUGCAUCGAAAGUCUGGAGUGGAGCAACAGAGAGCUUUUCAACAGGCUCGGCGACAUUUCUGACAUAGAGAAGGCGGACGAACAAUCCGAGCGUUAUUCGGUAUAG